UCUACGCGGAUAAAACUAUUGCAUCCACGUGGUUUGAUUAACAUCGAGCUGUGUGCACGAGACACUACAGCACAAAUCUCAGAUUUACUCUGCUUCACCUGCAGCAUGGCAUCUGAACUAGCAUUGCUGAGUGUUUCGGAUAAAACCGGACUGUUGGAGUUUGCCAGGCGACUGAUAUCAGUGGGUCUGUCGUUAGUGGCAUCAGGUGGCACCGCCAAAACUCUCAGAGAUGCUGAACUCACUGUCAGGGAUGUGUCCGAUCUCACUGGAUUUCCUGAAAUGCUUGCAGGGCGAGUUAAGACCCUUCAUCCUGCUGUCCACGGUGGCAUUUUGGCCAGACAAACUCCCUCUGAUAAGGCUGAUAUGGAAAAACUAGGGUUUAGUCUUGUCAGAGUGGUCGUUUGUAACCUUUACCCAUUUGUGAAGACUGUUGCAUCCCCGAAUGUGACUGUGGAAGACGCUGUCGAGCAGAUUGAUAUCGGUGGGGUUACUCUUCUUCGAGCUGCAGCUAAGAAUCACGCCAGAGUCACUGUAGUCUGCGAUCCAUCUGACUACGAUGUUGUUGCAAAGGAAAUGGAAUCCUCCGACAACCGUGAUAGCACAAUGGAAACACGCAAAGCUCUUGCGCUCAAGGCCUUCACACAUACUGCUCAGUACAACGAGGCCAUUUCUGAUUACUUCAGAUGUGAAGACAGUCGAGGAAUUUCCCAGCUGCCCUUGCGGUAUGGCAUGAACCCCCAUCAAGCACCUGCUCAGCUCUACACUUUACGCCCAGCACUUCCACUUACCGUGCUGAAUGGAUCUCCAGGAUUCAUUAACCUGUGUGAUGCUCUGAACGCCUGGCAGCUGGUGAGAGAGUUAAAGAAAGCUCUUGGGUUGCCAGCCGCCACUUCAUUUAAACACGUCAGCCCUGCAGGAGCUGCAGUGGGCAUCCCUUUGAGCGAAGAUGAGGCCAAGGUGUGUAUGGUGAAUGACAUGCGCCAGGAUCUCACCCCUCUCGCCACUGCAUACGCCAGAGCCAGAGGUUCUGACAGGAUGUCCUCUUUUGGAGACUUCAUUGCUUUGUCUGAUGUUUGUGACGUCCCCACUGCCAAGAUCAUCUCCAGAGAGGUGUCAGAUGGUAUUGUUGCUCCUGGUUAUGAUGAAGAAGCUCUGCGAAUUCUCUCCAAAAAGAAGAAUGGAAACUACUGUGUCCUUCGGAUGGAUCCGGAGUAUGAACCUGAUGAAGAGGAGGUGAGGGUGCUGUUUGGUUUGCACCUCAAACAGAAGAGGAAUGGAGCUCUCAUUGAUAAAGAGCUCUUCAGCAACAUUGUGUCAAAGGGCAAGCUUUCUGAGAGUGCCCUGCGAGAUCUCAUUGUAGCCAGUAUCGCAGUGAAGUACACUCAGUCCAACUCUGUGUGUUAUGCAAAAGAUGGUCAGGUGAUUGGCAUCGGCGCUGGCCAGCAGUCUCGUAUCCACUGCACUCGGCUGGCAGGAGAUAAGGCCGAUAACUGGUGGCUCAGGCACCAUCCACGAGUGCUCAACAUGAAAUUCCACAGUGGAAUUAAACGUUCAGAGAUGGCUAAUGCCAUUGAUCAGUAUGUCAGUGGAACAAUUGGAGAGGGCCCAGAUAAAGAGGUUUGGAAGGGUCUGUUUGAAGAAGUUCCUGAGACUCUGUCAGAGGUUGAGAAGAAGAACUGGAUCAGUUCUCUGCAGGCUGUGGCCCUCAGUUCUGAUGCUUUCUUCCCCUUCCGGGACAAUGUUGACCGCGCCAAACGGAGCGGUGUGGAGUAUAUUGCUGCCCCCUCUGGCUCUACCGCGGAUGAGGUGGUCAUCAACGCCUGCAAUGAGCUGGGAAUCACCCUGGUGCACACCAAAAUCCGUCUCUUCCAUCACUGAAAAGCACUACAAAACAUCCAUUUGAAUACAAAUAUCUAGCUAGUUUCAUUGUUAAAAAAGUUUAGGAUUCCUUUCUUUUUAGAUGUACAUCUUUUACUGUAAAUCUGAGUUACUACCCAUGUUGCAUAACUUUGCGUUAUAGCUAGCCUGUCCAUUUUUACAUGAACUCAUUUAUUACUCAAAUCCUAAAGCCAACAGCAAAGUGACAUUAUCGCUAAAUAGUUAGGAACAUUCUUCAUACAUAGCUUCUAUAAUACUGAUAAUCUCCGAAUAAGAUGAUCCACUUCUGUUCAUUUAAUAUCUUUUCUUUGAUUAAUUUGUGCCGUGCCGUCCUUGUUGGUAUCUGCUGCUCGAAACAUUUUCAGUGUGAAAUUGCCUCCAUACACUUCCUGAUGCAUUCCAUUGUGCUGCCUUUAGUGUCCAUGAGAAUUACAAAAUAAAAACACAAAUCAAGUAUGAUAGUUUUUCAUAGAUUCCUUCAAGGGUUUAUUUGCAUUUAUUGACGUCUUGUUUUUUGCAAGGUUUGUUUACUUUAGAACCUAGUUCCAAAAAAAUUGCUUUUAGUAAAAUUUUAUAAAUACAAUUUGUCAUGAGUCCUGCAAUGUAUCAAAAAUGGAUUUAACAGUAGUGAAAACUGGUGUAGACAGUAGAACAAUGACCGAUAAAUGAGACAAACAACAUUCUAUACAAUCCAAACACUUCUGAAUGAAGGGGAUAAAUAGUCAAAGAAUUUAGAAAAUUAAAAUUAGUAUCAAUCUAAAAACAGUGCUGACUCUAGUCUAAAUAAUCAAUGAGCCAUGUAAAAAAAAAAAAAGGAUUUUUGUAUAAAAGACAAAUUAACACUUGGUUUUUGGUACUUCAGUGUACCCCCAGUGGUGCUCUAACAUUCUUAUAAAACAGUGCUUAUGUUUACUACUUUCUCAUAUUUGCCCAAUAUCAAUUUAUAAAGACUUAUAAAGAUUUAUGAAAUCCUCUGACAAUAAUGGUAAGGUAGUUUUUCUAAAUUUAAUUCAAUUAGAAAGCUGCAUAU